AUUUCCGGUUCCGGUUCAUUUUUGCUAUGUUCUGUUGUUGUCGCGCAUAACUGUUUUGAGUCUAUUUUGAACCGAUAUGGAUCAAACACCGACCAGACCAAAGUGGAACGAAAGAUUUCCCUCCCCACCUUCAGGUUGGGCUCGGACACCCUACAGAGGCGCUGGACACCGUGGUGCGUCUCCACAGGGCUACUAUGCAUACACACCCAAUUCUCCGACGUAUUCCCCUGGUUUCAACCGUGGACAUUGGAGAGAUUCUCCAGGAAGUGGCGGAGGACGGGGCUUUGGAGGGUCUCCUAUGUCCGGCAGCGGUGGCCGUAAUUUCUCAGGGAAGCAACGCAGGGGAAACAAUUUCGGGAGGCCAACACAUUUCAACUCUUCGGCUGUGAAUGUGCAGCAUGAUUUUCCCGGCCCGAUCGAGACGUACUUCAGUCCGUCCAUGUUGGAGGAUCCCUGGGCAGCACUGCAGCCAAAGCACACAGAGACGCCGACCAGCAACGAUCCAUAAAUAGGACCAAUAUUUAGGGGGACAACCUGCUUUUCAUCUUGAGAUUAAGACAAGGAUAUUGACAGCCUGGGUAGCACCAUGCGAGCUGUGCUGUCUUGUUUAUUGAUCAUGAUUUUCAUGGUUCUGCUCACAUCAAAUGGUACUGCUCUCCAAUGUUACACAUGUAUGGCCUCCAAUAAUGAAGACUGCAACCGACAAGGCUCCAGAACAUGUCCCAGCUACUCAGAUGCCUGUGCUGUGGUGGUGGGCCAUAACAGUGGGGUGAUGAAGUCCUGCUCCUACAAGUCUUUCUGCAGCCAGGUUAACAGUCAGAGCUACCGAGUUCACUGCUGCUAUAGCAACGACUGCAAUAUCACAAACGCUGCCGGCAAGCUGCACACACCUGGCUAUUUGUUGUUGAUUUUAAAUUUGUUGUACCACUGUUUUCCCUGGUAGACUAUGAAAACGACUUGCAACCUUAUCUCAACUAUGAUUGCAGUUCAAAUGUACUCUCCAACUUAAAUGCCAUUUGUUAAACAUGUUAAUGACAUGUUUCUGGGAAGUUAGCGUGCAUAGAAUUGUUUGAGGUGCGCCUGGCUGGCUUAUGCACACCACAUAAGAUUAAAGCCAUUAAGAAGAUCUCACGUGGCUCUGGCUUAUGGUGUAUUUAUCUAAACCAAUAAGAUGAGGAAAACUAGAAGGGCUGAUAUAACAUCUAAUUAUUGUAUAUUAUUAUUGUCAUGUAUUUGCACCUGAAAUGAAGGGAAAACACAAUUGACAAGUGUUCGUCAUGGUUUGAUCACAGGCUUUAAAAAUCAGUCGGUGUGCCAUUGCAUCAUCGGCCCAGAGUCGUUGAUGUCGUUGAUGAACUAUUUUGGAAUGUGGUGAUAGUCAUUUGCACAUACUGCAAAUCCACACAAGCCUUUAACCACGAACCAGGCAUGUUGCACGGAUGAGGGUUUUACACUUGGUGAGAGUGAUACUGGACAUAUAUGCAUCAAGCAUUGCCUUCAUUACUAUUAUUUAUUAAAUCACUAGAUAGAGAAAUGUUUAAGAAAUGUAAAAAUACAUGUACUGUAAAUAUUAUACUUUAAGCACUACUGUUUAAUGUUAGGGAACAAAGCUUCUCUGUCUACUCUAACUGUACAGAAUUUACAGUAUGUAUACUGCGCCAUCAUUCACUCUAACAGUGGAUCACUGCUGGAAUAUUAUUUGGAUGUCCAUAAUUGAAAUUACAGUAAAAGGAUUUUUUUUUGCAACCGCAGCUGUUUAUGUUUUCAAUUUCAAUAUUCAUCAAUAAACAAAAUAGUUAGUUACGGAAUUAUUAACUUUGUCCUUAUUUCUUAAUUUUGUGCUCUUUGACGGAAAUGUAAGUAUGCUUUUUGUGUUUUAGUCAUCUGCAAGUAAACAAUAGUUGAACUUAAUUUCUAUAGAAAUAUACCAAACCUAAAUUGGUGAACGUCUUGAAAAAAAAGAAAAAAUAUUUUCCCCGCUUAUCUUAAAUAGUUGAAGCUGAACAGUUUGGUUAAAGACAUUACAAAUCCACAAAUCCUGACUUCUGCAAAAAAAGCAAGGCAGCUGUGUAUACAGCACAUUUCAUGCACACGGUAGCAGUGUGCUUUACAUGAUUUAAAUUACAAAAACAUUUGAAAAAAAAAUUGAAAACAAA